AAACAGCUGUCAGCCGGCAUUCAUUUGUUGUUCUUUGCAAUUAUAUAAAUUUUUUUAUAUUUAUUCAUUUAUUAACCCAAUUGAAAAUGCUGAUGAGUCGUUGUUUGAUGGCCUUAAGGGUCGCCAGAUCCCAGAUGUCGGCCAACGUAGCCGGAAAACCCCCAAACCACCUCAUGCAGCGUUUCUACAGCAGCAAUCCGCCAGCAAUUGGAAUUGUGGACUACGAUGUGGUCAAGAAACUGCCCAGUGAACCGCAGAAGUUUCUCAUCGAUGUCAGGGAGCCGGAGGAGCUGAAGGAGACCGGCCAAAUCCCCGCCAGCAUCAACAUUCCCUUGGGAGUGGUGAGCCAGGAACUGGCUGCCAGUGGUCAGCUUUUUAAAUCCAAAUAUGGCCGGGAAAAGCCAAAGCCGGAUACGGAAAUCAUAUUCCACUGCAAGAUUGGCAAGAGGAGCCUUAAGGCCGCAGAAGCAGCUGCUGCUUUGGGCUUCAGGAACGUUAAAAACUACGAGGGAUCCUGGUUAGAUUGGGCCGAACGGGAGGGCCUGCCCAAGUAAACCUGUGGGAAUUCUAUGAAUUCGUGCAAAGCACCAGGAAAUUAUAUCCAGAUUCAUCAUCCCAACAACCCAAUCUCACUAUUUUCAAAGUAAAAUCGUUGCAUAAGUUUUGGCAAGUCGUAAAUAUUUAUUAAAUACUACUCAGUAGCAUAUUCUAGUUAAA